CAGUCAGAGAAACAACGUCAGGGAAAGUCCUGCUGCAAUCAGCGCUCCUGGGGCUGGGGGUUUGGGGUUUUGUUGUUUUUCACUUUUUUGUUUUUUACUGCAUGUUCUGUUCGUUACUGGGACGUUUUUGGGGUCUCGCUGGGGCUGUUUUACCCCCAAAACCACCCUCUCUCAUGUUCUGAGCAGUCCUUUGACCCUGCUGGCUGUGCCGGCGAGGUGGGCGAGCCCCACGGGCCGGGGGGCGAGCCGGGGCCGCGCGUGGUGCAAGGCCUGGGCCUCUGCGCGCCCCGCGGACUACAUUUCCCGGCAUGCCGCGCUCCGGGGGGGCAGCCGGAAGCAGCGGCGAGGCGGGAGCGAAGCCCUUCGCCUACAUCCCCCGGCACGCACCAGCGGCGGCGCUGAGAGGCGAGCGAAGCGCGGAGCGGCCGCGGCGCCUGCCGGGAAGCGUAGUCCCCGCCGCCGUUGGGCGUUCGGGCAGGGCGGCGGGCGGGGAUGUGGGGAGCGUGACGUGAUUUUGUCCGCGUUGGAGCCGGGGCGGCCGUGGCGAGCGUGACGUGGCACAGAGCGAGCGAGGGAGCGACGAGGCUCCGGGCACCGAGCAGCCGCCGCCGUCCGCCGCGUAUAAAUCGGCGCCGCCCGCCCGCCGCCAGCUGUCCACGGAGCCGGGCCGCGCUCCCCUCCCGCCGCCGCUGCCGCCAUGGGCCUCACCAUCUCCUCGCUCUUCUCCCGCCUCUUCGGCAAGAAGCAGAUGCGCAUCCUCAUGGUUGGUUUGGAUGCUGCUGGUAAGACAACCAUCCUUUAUAAGCUGAAGCUAGGAGAAAUUGUCACCACAAUUCCCACUAUUGGUUUUAAUGUGGAAACAGUAGAAUACAAAAACAUUUGUUUCACGGUUUGGGAUGUUGGUGGUCAAGAUAAAAUUAGACCUCUUUGGAGGCAUUAUUUCCAAAACACACAGGGCCUCAUUUUUGUGGUGGAUAGCAAUGACAGAGAGAGAAUCCAGGAAGCAGCGGAAGAGCUGCAGAAAAUGCUUCAAGAGGAUGAGCUGCGAGAUGCAGUGCUGCUUCUGUUUGCAAACAAACAAGAUCUGCCAAAUGCCAUGGCAAUCAGUGAAAUGACAGAUAAACUAGGUCUUCAGUCCCUGCGUAGCAGAACUUGGUAUGUCCAAGCUACCUGUGCUACGCAAGGAACUGGUCUGUAUGAGGGACUUGACUGGCUGUCAAAUGAACUCUCAAAACGCUAACUCAAACUGGAUGACUCUUUCACCAGGGACAUGUUUGAUAUAAGUGGUCUAGGCUUGUUACAACAAAAUUAGUUUGCAUCUUGGUUAUUACAGUAUCUGGAACUGAUAUUUGGGCAGGAUAUUAAAGCGUUUCAACUUAUUUUGUUGCCAAUUAUUGUUUACCGAGCUACAUGUUGCAAAGGUAGCAAUAUGCUUGGGUAAAAAUCUCCUUAACUUGGAAAAAGUGUAUCUUCUGAUUUUAUUCCCCUUGUUAGUCUAAAUGCCUGAAUAUAGUUAUUGUGACAUCUUUGAGAUCUGUUUUGAAUACUUUUUUUGAGCCCCGAUAAAUUAAUGUUUUAAUUUUUUUUUCUCCCUGCUACUUUUAGUUUACUGAUGCCCUGUUUCAUUCCUCAGACAGUCUGCUGAUUUAAAAAUGUAGCAUUCUGUAUGUAUUUAUUUCUAUCCCUUGCCAAGAAGAAUUCCUAAUAUUGCUUGUUCCCGCCAAGACAAUGCUCUAAAACACUAUUCAAAUCUACUGCACUGAGGAACAUUUUUAUUAAUCUUUAGGUUCUGUUAGCCCAACUUGCCUUUGUGUGAAUUGGAUUCGAUGGGUAGAAUAGUUCUGUGCUGGUUGCGAAGAGCUCAUGUUGAGGUUGUUUUUAAUAUUCAGCAGAUUGUCUUCCUUUAUAUUGUAUCUUUUUUUAUGUUGCAUGUUGCUUUUUGGUAUCAGCCUGACUAUUUUUGCCCAGUGUAUAAUAGUUCUGCUGAAGUUUUACUGUUUGUUGGUGAACAUAUCUUCAUAAAGAAAUUUUGGAAAAUUCAUCAAACUCAAUGGAUUAGUUUAUUCAUAACCCACUUGGAAUUAUUCCUAAUAAAAUGAUAAAAUGUA